ACCCUCCUAGGGCUCUGGCGGCGGCAGAGUGAACGGGACGGGCCCGGUCGCAGAGCGCGGGGCGGCGGGUGGGACCCGGGCGCCUGGCAGAGUUGUUCCGGCCCUGCCCGCGGAGACGUGAGGAGGUGGAUGUGGGAAGAGAGGUUUGCAGCACUGAAAUGGAGGUCAGAGCUUCAUUACAGAAGAUUAGUGGGUCAUCGGAUUCUGUGACUACACUGAACAGUGAAGAAUUUGUUUUGGUUCCUCAGCAUGCAGAUGAUACUUCUACAAAAGAUGAUGAAAAACCUGAACUGAAGAUAGUUUCUAAUGGUGAUGAACAACUGGAAAAAGCCAUGGAAGAGAUUUUGAGAGAUUCUGAGAAAGGCCAAAGCAGCCUUCUUGUUGAUUGUCCGAGUUCCAGUGAGAUUUCAGACCAUUCAUUUGGAGAUGUUUCGGCCAGCCAAAUAAAUAAGCCGUCUCUUCAAUUAAUUUUGGAUCCGUCGAAUACAGAAAUUUCUACACCCAGACCAUCUUCUCCAAGUGGAAUACCUGAAGAAGAUAGUGUUUUAUUUAACAAACUGACCUACUUAGGAUGUAUGAAGGUUUCUUCCCCACGUAAUGAAGUGGAGGCUUUACGGGCAAUGGCAACUAUGAAAUCUUCCAGUCAGCACCCCUUUCCUGUUACUCUGUAUGUGCCAAAUGUUCCAGAAGGUUCUGUGAGAAUCAUAGACCAAUCCAACAACAUGGAGAUAGCAUCUUUUCCAAUUUAUAAGGUGUUAUUCUGUGCACGUGGACAUGAUGGGACAGUAGAGAGCAAUUGCUUUGCAUUUACAGAGAGUUCCCAUGGUUCAGAAGAAUUCCAGAUACAUGUUUUCUCCUGUGAAAUUAAAGAGGCAGUAAGCAGAAUUUUGUAUAGUUUCUGUACCGCUUUCAAACGGUCUUCUAGACAAGUAUCUGAUGUUAAAGACUCAGUUAUUCCUACCCCUGACAGUGAUGUAUUUAUCUUCAGUGUCUCCUUGGAGGUAAAAGAAGAUGAUGGAAAAGGAAACUUUAGUCCUGUGCCUAAGGAUAGAGAUAAAUUUUAUUUCAAAUUAAAACAAGGGAUAGAGAAGAAGGUUGUGAUUACAGUGCAGCAACUUUCUAACAAAGAAUUAGCUAUUGAAAGAUGUUUUGGAAUGUUAUUAAGCCCAGGUCGAAACGUGAAGAACAGUGACAUGCAUUUACUGGAUAUGGAAUCCAUGGGGAAGAGCUAUGAUGGGAGAGCUUAUGUUAUCACUGGCAUGUGGAACCCCAAUGCACCAAUAUUUCUGGCACUUAAUGAAGAAACCCCAAAAGAUAAACGAGUGUACAUGACUGUGGCGGUGGAUAUGGUAGUCACGGAGGUGGUGGAGCCUGUCCGCUUUCUCCUGGAGACAGUAGUCCGCGUGUACCCUGCAAACGAGCGAUUUUGGUAUUUCAGCAGAAAGACUUUCACAGAGACUUUCUUCAUGAGGUUGAAACAGUCUGAGGGAAAAGGCCAUACCAAUGCUGGAGAUGCAAUAUAUGAGGUGGUGAGUCUACAGCGAGAGUCUGAGAAGGAGGAACCAAUCACUCCUAUUAGUGGAGGGGGCCCAUUGUCACCCCAGGAGGAUGAAGCAGAAGAGGAGAGUGAUAAUGAACUCUCGAGUGGAACAGGUGAUGUGUCUAAGGAUUGUCCUGAGAAGAUCCUAUAUUCUUGGGGAGAAUUGCUAGGAAGAUGGCACAGUAAUCUUGGUGCGCGACCAAAAGGGCUAUCUACUCUGGUGAAGAGUGGUGUUCCUGAAGCAUUGAGGGCAGAGGUAUGGCAAUUAUUAGCAGGCUGCCAUGACAACCAGGCAAUGCUGGAUAGGUACCGACUUCUUAUCACAAAGGACUCAGCCCAGGAGAGUGUUAUUACUCGAGAUAUUCAUCGUACAUUUCCUGCACAUGAUUACUUUAAAGAUACCGGAGGAGAUGGCCAGGAAUCUCUGUACAAGAUCUGCAAGGCCUACUCUGUCUAUGACGAAGACAUUGGGUACUGUCAAGGACAGUCUUUUCUUGCCGCUGUAUUGCUGCUGCAUAUGCCAGAGGAACAAGCAUUCUGUGUCUUGGUGAAAAUCAUGUAUGACUAUGGUUUACGAGACCUCUACAAAAACAACUUUGAAGAUCUUCACUGCAAAUUCUAUCAGUUGGAGAGACUAAUGCAGGAGCAGUUACCGGACCUGCACGGCCAUUUUUCUGAUCUGAACCUGGAAGCUCAUAUGUAUGCAUCCCAGUGGUUUCUCACUCUUUUUACUGCCAAGUUCCCACUCUGCAUGGUCUUCCACAUCAUUGACUUACUGCUUUGUGAGGGUUUGAACAUAAUCUUUCAUGUAGCCUUGGCUCUCCUAAAGACCUCAAAGGAAGAUCUUCUGCAGGCUGAUUUUGAAGGUGCUUUAAAGUUCUUCAGAGUCCAGCUUCCAAAGAGAUACAGGGCAGAGGAAAAUGCAAGAAGGUUAAUGGAGCAGGCUUGCAAUAUUAAGGUACCGACCAAGAAGCUAAAGAAAUAUGAGAAAGAAUAUCAGACAAUGCGAGAGAGUCAGCUGCAGCAGGAAGACCCAAUGGAUAGAUACAAGAGGGAGAACCGGAGAUUACAAGAGGCCAGCAUGAGGUUGGAACAAGAGAAUGAUGACCUUGCCCAUGAACUAGUAACCAGCAAAAUUGCUCUGCGGAAUGACUUGGAUCAGGCAGAAGACAAGGCAGACGUGCUGAAUAAGGAGCUCCUCUUGACCAAACAGAGGCUGGUAGAGACUGAGGAAGAGAAGAGGAAACAAGAGGAGGAGACAGCUCAGCUGAAAGAAGUCUUCAGGAAACAGCUAGAGAAGGCAGAAUAUGAAAUAAAGAAGACUACAGCUAUCAUUGCCGAGUAUAAACAGAUCUGUUCCCAGUUGAGUACCAGACUGGAGAAACAGCAAGCAGCCAGCAAGGAGGAGCUGGAAGUGGUAAAGGGUAAAAUAAUGGCAUGUAAACACUGCAGUGACAUUUUCAGCAAGGAGGGUGCUUUGAAAGUAGCAGCCAUAAGCAGAGAGGACCAGGGAAUUGAAUCGGAUGAUGAGAAGGACUCUCUUAAGAAGCAGCUGAGGGAGAUGGAGCUGGAAUUGGCACAAACCAAACUGCAGCUGGUGGAGGCCAAGUGUAAAAUCCAGGAACUUGAACAUCAGAGGGGAGCCCUUAUGAAUGAAAUCCAAGCUGCAAAAAACUCUUGGUUUAGCAAAACCCUUAACUCUAUCAAAACGGCCACGGGAACGCAGCCACUGCAGCCGCCACAGGCCACCCAGCCCCCCAAGGAGAGCACAUAGGUCCAGCCUCACCCAAGUACAAGAGCACAACGAUCAAAGCAACGGAAACCCAGGAUGAUUCCUGGUGUCCCUUUAAAAGGAAGGAAAGGAGGCCAGAAAGCAAGCCAGGAUCUUUCAGUAGCUCUUACUCUUUCUUGUAUGACACUUUUAAAAAAGGGAUGUUAUUUAAACUAACCUGAUUUAUGUUGAAUACCUGUUUUUGUGCUUCCUCAUCGAAGACUGUGUUCCGAUCCAUCAUAGUAU